AUGUCCCCAACAAAACCCCCCCUAGUCGGCGCAUCUACCCCGCUGCCGCUCCCGCCGCCCUUCUCGCACAGCGCCCUCAGGCUGCUGACCCAAGGCGCCGAAGCCCUCGUCUUCCACACGACGCUGCUCGACUCCCGCACGCCCGUCGCGCUGAAGUACCGCCCGCCGAAGCCGUACCGCCACCCGCUGCUCGACCGGCGCCUCACGCGCCAGCGCCUGCUCGCCGAAGCCAGAGUCUUGGUCAAGUGUAGGAAAGAGGGCGUGCUGGUGCCGGACGUGGUGGCGCUGGGCGCCGACGAGGGGUGGCUGGGGCUGGGGUGGGUCGAGGGGGCGACGGUGCGGCGGGUUUUGGAUAAGUGGGUGGGGAAGCGGGGGGAGGAGGGGGAGGGGGAGUUGAUGGGGUUGAUGGGGAGGGUGGGCAGGGCCGUGGGGAGGAUGCAUGAGAUUGGGGUUUGUCAUGGGGAUUUGACGACGAGCAAUUUGAUGGAUAGUCCGGCGGACCUUCGGAGUCUAGCUGGGGAUAUUGUGCUCAUUGACUUUGGGCUUGCGACGCAGUCGAUUCAGGAUGAGGAUCGGGCGGUGGAUCUGUAUGUGCUAGAGCGCGCGUUUGCGGCGACGCAUCCGGUCGCGGAGCCGCUGUUUCAAGAGGUGCUGAGGACAUAUGGGGAGAGCUAUAAAGGGGCGAAGGUGGUGUUGAGAAGGCUGGAGGAUGUAAGGAUGAGAGGGCGGAAGAGGAGUAUGCUUGGAUGA